AUGGCUGGGUUCCUGUCUGAGAACCGUCCCGUACAAACCUUGCGGGCGAUAUUGACGAGGCUGGAACAAGCUUACUGUGGAAAUAUCGGCUACGAGUACAUGCAUAUUGCCGAUCACGAAAAGUGUAACUGGCUAAGAGACAAAAUUGAGACUCCUACUCCAACUCAAUACAAUCGAGAGAGGCGUGAGGUAAUCCUUGACAGGCUUAUUUGGAGCACCCAAUUUGAGAACUUCUUGGCCGCCAAGUGGACUGCAGCCAAAAGGUUUGGGCUUGAAGGUUGUGAGACAUUGAUUCCUGGUAUGAAGGAGAUGUUCGACAGAGCAGCAGAUCUUGGGGUUGAGAGCAUAGUCAUUGGAAUGUCGCACAGAGGUAGGCUAAAUGUUCUUGGUAAUGUCGUCCGGAAACCUUUGAGGCAGAUAUUUAGCGAGUUUAGUGGUGGUACAAAACCUGUGGAUGAGGUCGGUCUUUACACUGGAACUGGUGAUGUCAAAUAUCAUCUGGGAACUUCUUACGAUCGGCCAACGAGGGGUGGUAAGAGAAUUCACUUGUCGUUAGUUGCAAACCCCAGCCACUUGGAAGCAGUGGACCCAGUUGUGGUUGGGAAAACUAGAGCUAAGCAAUAUUAUUCUAAUGACACCGAAAGGACGAAAAACAUGGGUAUUUUGAUUCAUGGUGAUGGUAGUUUUGCCGGUCAAGGUGUUGUUUACGAGACCUUGCAUCUCAGUGCUCUACCAAAUUACGCUACUGGUGGGACCAUUCACAUCGUUGUGAACAAUCAAGUGGCUUUCACUACUGACCCGAAAUCUGGAAGAUCUUCCCAGUAUUGUACUGACGUUGCAAAAGCUCUGAGUGCUCCUAUUUUUCAUGUCAAUGGCGAUGAUGUAGAGGCUGUUGCUCAUGCCUGUGAACUUGCUGCUGAAUGGCGUCAGACGUUCCAUACUGAUGUUGUGGUCGAUAUUAUAUGCUAUCGUCGUUUUGGGCACAACGAGAUCGACGAGCCAUCCUUCACUCAACCUAAAAUGUACAAGGUUAUAAGGAAUCAUCCUUCAGCACUUGAGAUCUACCAGAAGAAACUUCUAGAAUCUGGUGAGGUCACAAAAGAAGACAUUAGUCAGAUAAACAACAAAGUGACGUCAAUUCUCAAUGAAGAGUUCCUGGCCAGCAAAGACUAUGUACCUCAAAGAAGGGACUGGCUUUCAGCUUAUUGGGCUGGAUUCAAGUCUCCUGAACAGCUUUCACGUAUCCGUAACACUGGGGUCAAUCCAGAAAUAUUAAAGAAUGUUGGCAAGGCUAUUACUAGGCUUCCAGAAAAUUUCAAACCUCAUAGAGCUGUUAAGAGGAUUUUUGAAGACCGUGCAAAAAUGAUUGAGACAGGGGAGGGUAUUGACUGGGCAGUUGGUGAAGCUCUCGCUUUUGCAACUUUGUUAGUGGAGGGAAAUCAUGUCAGGUUGAGUGGACAGGAUGUUGAGCGAGGUACUUUCAGCCAUAGGCACUCUGUUAUUCAUGAUCAGGAAACAGGAGAAAGAUACUGCCCCCUGGAUCAUGUUACUAUGAACCAAAAUGAGGAGAUGUUUACUGUGAGCAACAGCUCGUUGUCAGAGUUUGGAGUUUUGGGAUUUGAAAUAGGUUAUUCCAUGGAAAAUCCCAAUUCUCUUGUGCUGUGGGAAGCCCAGUUUGGUGAUUUCGCCAAUGGUGCUCAAGUGAUCUUUGACCAGUUCCUGAGCAGUGGGGAGGCUAAAUGGCUGCGUCAAACAGGCUUAGUUGUCCUCCUGCCUCAUGGGUAUGAUGGGCAAGGCCCAGAGCACUCGAGUGCGCGCUUGGAGCGUUAUCUUCAGAUGAGUGAUGAUGACCCGUAUGUUAUUCCUGAGAUGGACCCAACACUGAGGACACAGAUUCAGGAAUGCAACUGGCAGGUCGUUAAUGUGACUACACCAGCGAAUUAUUUCCACGUUUUGCGGCGCCAGAUACACAGGGAAUUCCGUAAACCUCUCAUUGUGAUGUCGCCGAAGAACUUACUCCGUCACAAGGACUGCAAAUCUAAUUUGUCCGAGUUCGAUGAUGUUGAAGGCCAUGCAGGUUUCGACAAGCAAGGAACCAGGUUUAAACGCUUGAUAAAAGACCAAAAUUAUCACUCAGAUCUUGAAGAGGGUAUUAGACGCCUGAUUCUUUGCUCUGGGAAGAUUUAUUACGAGCUUGACGAAGAGAGGAAAAAGACAAAUGGAAAGGACCUUGCAAUUUGUAGGGUGGAACAGCUUUGUCCAUUCCCAUAUGACCUCGUCCAGCGUGAACUCAAGAGAUAUCCGAAUGCGGAGGUUGUGUGGUGCCAGGAAGAGCCAAUGAACAUGGGUGCAUACAGCUACAUAUUGCCUCGACUUGCCACUGCCAUGAAAGCUCUGGGCAGAGGUACUGUAGAUGAAGUCAAGUAUGUGGGCCGCGGGCCAUCUGCAGCCACUGCUACUGGAUUCUACCAAGUUCAUGUGAAAGAGCAAAAUGAAAUUGUCCAGAAAGCUGUGCAGCCCGAACCGAUUAAUUCGUGA